GGUGUCGCGGUUGCGGCGGCGGGGCCGCACGCGCCCGGGAUGGAGAUCGGGCCCCACGCGGGGCACGCCGAGAGCCGGAAAGAGCACUGGAAGCUCCUUGGCAACUUGAAGACCACAGUGGAAGGUUUGGUGUCCAUCAGCAACCCAAAUGUCUGGUCCAAGUAUGGUGGCUUGGAACGGCUCUGCAGAGACAUGCACAGCAUCCUCUACCAUGGGCUCAUCCAUGACAAGGUGUGCUGCAGACAGAAGGAUUACUGGCACUUUGUGAAGGACAUUCGCUGGCUGAGUCCGGGCUCUGCUCAUCACCUGGAGAAGUUCAUCAGCCUGCAGGAGAGCGGCCAGCGUGACCCUGAGGGCCCAGGGGACCAGGCCAUUGCCCAGCUGUGGCUGCAGCACAGCCUGCAGUGCCACUGCCUGUCAGCUCAGCUGAGGCCGCUCCUGGGGAACCGGCAGUACAUUAGGAAGUUCUACACAGAUACUGCCUUCCUGCUCAGUGACGCCCACGUCACGGCCAUGCUGCAGUGCCUGGAAGCUGUUGAGCAGAACAACCCCAGGCUUCUGGCUCAGAUCGACACCUCCAUGCUGGCCGGCACGUCACUGCCAUCCCUGUGCGCGUCAGAGCCUUCUGCUGGGACAAGGGACAUGUGUGAGCACAGUGCUGAGGGACACCAGAGCCGUCUGCCAGGAGCACUGGGCUGCCUGGAUCAUUUCACUGAGAGCCUGCUUACCAGGAAAAGUGACAAUCCAUCUCCAGUGACCAAGAGUCAGAGCCUGACUGCCCUCCCUGCAUCCCCAUGUGUCCCUGCUGCCCCCUGCACUCAGCAGCGCUGCUUUGGGUCCUUCUCCAGCCUCCAGCAUCCAGCCUCCUCUGGCCUCUCAGACAGGAGACCAGUGAGUUCCUGUGGCAGCUCCAACUCCAGCCAGCCCCAGGAGCGCUGCCCGUCCACCCGCUCCUCCUCCUUCAGCGAGGGCAGGUCCCCUCUGGAGCAGCCCAGCUCUGUCUCCCGCUUCCACGUCCCCUCAGCCAAAGACCCCUUCUCUCCAGCCAGCGAGAUGAGCUCCAGCACCACCAGCCAGAGCGAGGAUACUUGGACAGGGAGUCAGGAUGAUCCACAGAGUGAUGUCAAUGACGGGCCAGAGUACCUGGCCAUUGGGAACCUGGGCCGCCGGGGCCGGGCGUGCAGCAGCACCAGCACCAGCAGCAACAAGAGCAGCAGCAGCUCCAAACUCUUCUCCUCCAGCAGCUCCCAGAAGCUGGACUCAGUCUCAUCCCUGGGGGAGCAGGGAGCGAGUGGAGGCGGCAGCAGGGGCCUGAGCCUGUUGCGCCGGUCCAGCUUCUCGGAGGGACAGUCCUCAGCUCCACAGGGCAUCCUCAAGAAGAGCCACGUGCGCUCACACUCUGACACCAACGUGACUGCUGGGAAGUUGCACGGAGGCCUCAGGGAUAUCACCAUUAUAAUAGAAGAUCCAGUGGCAGAGUCCCAUGGUGAUCCCAGUGGAGGGAGAGGGCCGGUCUCUGCUUCCACGCAGAGCAGUGAACUGAGCACACCCAGCUCCCUCUACAUGGAGUAUGACUCUGGGCAGUACCUGAGCUCGGGGGAAGGGAUGUUCAGGAGACCUUCUGAAGGGCAGUCCCUCAUCAGCUACCUCUCUGAGCAGGACUUUGGCAGCUGUGCAGACCUGGAGAAGGAGAACGCCCACUUCAGCAUCUCAGAGUCCCUGAUCGCUGCCAUUGAACUGAUGAAAUGCAACAUGAUGAGCCGGCAGCUGGAGGAGGAGGAGGAAGACAGUGACAAGGAGAUCCAGGAGCUUAAACAAAAGAUUCGCAUUCGGCGCCAACAGAUCCGCACCAGGCACCUGUUCCCUGCCUGCCAGGAGCUGGGCUCAGACAGUCUCGUGGCAACAGACAGUGGGUCCCAGUUCAGCUCCCACGGCUCCAUGCGGCUCUCUGACUCUGGCUCUGCCGAGGAUGUGGAAGAGUAUGAGAUCCGAGAUGGUAACGAUGGAUCUAACCUGAUUCAAAUGUCCAAGAACGGCCUCUCAGUGUCAAUGGCUUCCUUGUUCUCAGAUGCAGACAUCAAGAGGAACCCAGACUCCAGCAGGAAAUCCUUUCUCUCCUCGGACUCCAUAUCCCACCCCUUUCUCAAUUCAAACUCGGCAGAGGCGGUGGCCAUGGGCUUGCUGAAGCAGUUUGAGGGCAUGCAGCUCCCAGCUGCCUCUGAAUUGGAGUGGCUGGUCCCUGAGCAUGAUGCCCCACAGAAGCUGCUGCCCAUCCCUGACUCUCUGCCUAUCUCUCCUGACGAUGGAGAGCACGCCGACAUCUACAAGCUGAGGAUUCGGGUGCGCGGAAACCUGGAGUGGGCCCCGCCGCGGCCGCAGAUCAUCUUCAAUGUUCACCUGGCCCCAGCGAGGAAGGUGGCUGUGGCCAAGCAGAAUUACCGGUGUGCAGGCUGUGGCAUCCGGACUGAUCCUGAUUACAUCAAGCGGCUGCGGUACUGCGAGUACCUGGGCAAGUACUUCUGCCAGUGCUGCCACGAGAACGCCCAGACUGUCAUCCCCAGCCGCAUCCUGCGCAAGUGGGACUUCAGCAAGUACUACGUGAGCAACUUCUCCAAAGACCUGCUGAGCAAGAUCUGGAGUGACCCACUCUUCAACGUGCAAGCUAUCAAUCCUGCCCUGUACCAGAAAGUGAAGGCUCUCAACCAAGUGAGGCUGCUGCGAAUCCAGCUUUUCCACAUGAAGAACAUGUUCAAGACGUGCCGGCUGGCUAAAGAUCUCCUGGAUUCCUUUGACACAGUGCCUGGCCACUUGACAGAGGAUUUGCACCUCUACUCGCUGAGUGACUUCAGUGCCAUCAAGAAAGGGGACCUGAUGCCUCGCCUGACAGAGCUCCUGAAGGCAGGCAGCCUGCACAUUGACAAGUGCAUGCUGUGCCAAGCCAAAGGGUUCAUCUGUGAGUUCUGCCAGAAUGAGGACGACAUCAUCUUCCCCUUUGAGCUCAACAAGUGCAAGAUGUGUGAAGAGUGCAAGGCCUGCUACCACAAAUCCUGCUUCAAGUGCAGCCGCUGUCCCCGGUGCGAGCGCCUCCAGGCCCGGAGGGAGCUGCUGGACAGGCCGGGCACGGAGCCCGACAGCUCGGACUGCGAGGGGGAGCUGCAGCAGCCGGAGCCAGUGCCAGCCACGUGAGCAUGCUGCAGCCAAGGAGCAGAUCAUGGGUUUGUUUAUGUGCAUGGCCUUCAUCACCAGAGACUGAGCCACACGGACUGGGGAUGAGGACUGCUGGGAGGCCUGGAGCACUGUCUUGAAGGGAUUUCUUUUCCCGGUACUGCUGGGCUGGGAAAGGAGCAUAUUCCACCAUGUGGGUCUGCUCCAGGUACCACUCUCACUCCCUGAUGCCUUUGCUUGGGCAAAGGCAGCUGCUUGGAGGCAGCUGCUCCUGCCUGUCCUGCAGGCAGAACAGGGACCUUUUCCGAGCAGUUGUUCAUGCUGGACCCAGCAGGGCUGUGCUGUCCAUCCCUGUGCCCUGCUCUGAGCUCAGCAGGGUUCCCUGAAGGGUCAGCACUUGCUGCUCAUCAGCUGUACACUAGGAAGCUCUGGUCACAUCUGCUCCUUGGAGGAGGGAAUCAGGUCUCAGUCCUGUGAUCCUCCAUUCUGCUGCU